UGCGGCAGCCGCGGCCCCCGCGACCCCGAGCGAGCGGGCGGGCGGGCGCCCCGGACGGGCGGCCCCGCGCGGGGGGCGGCGGCGGCCGUGGCGCCCGCGCUCCAUGCCGGUGUGGUGUUGCCGCUGCUCUCUGGCCGGUCAUUUCAGCAACUAUAGUGACACUGAAACCGAAGGAGAGAUUUUUAAUUCCUUAGUGCAAUAUUUUGGUGAUAAUUUGGGGCGAAAAGUUAAAGCUAUGCCAUUAGUUGAAGAAACUACUUUACUUGAAGAUUCAUCAGUGUCUUUGCCUGUGGUAGUAAUAGGAAAUGGACCUUCAGGAAUCUGCCUUUCUUAUAUGUUAUCAGGUUACAGACCAUAUUUAUCAUCAGAAGCAAUACAUCCAAAUACAAUCUUACAUAGUAAAUUAGAAGAAGCAAGACAUCUUUCCCUUGUUGAUCAGGACUUAGAAUACUUGUCUGAGGGCCUUGAGGGCCGAUCAUCCAAUCCAGUUGCAGUGCUUUUCGACACACUUCUUCAUCCAGAUGCUGACUUUGGGUAUGAUUAUCCAUCCGUUUUGCAUUGGAAAUUAGAACAACAUCAUUAUAUCCCUCACUUAGUUCUUGGUAAAGGUCCACCUGGUGGAGCUUGGCAUAAUAUGGAAGGCUCCAUGUUGACAAUCAGCUUUGGAAAUUGGAUGGAGCUGCCUGGACUUAAAUUUAAAGAUUGGGUGUCUAGCAAACGAAGAAACCUAAAAGGGGAUCGAGUUAUGCCGGAGGAAAUAGCUCGCUACUAUAAACAUUAUGUAAAAGUCAUGGGUCUUCAGAAGAAUUUCAGAGAGAAUACUUACAUUACCUCUGUAUCAAGACUCUACAGAGAUCAAGAUGAUAAUGAUGGUCAAGACAGAAAUAUUUCAACACAGCAUUUACAACUAGAGAAGUCAAAAUUUAUCAAGAGAAACUGGGAAAUCAGGGGUUAUCAGCGAAUAGCGGAUGGUUCCCAUGUUCCCUUCUGUCUCUUUGCUGAGAAUGUAGCUCUGGCAACUGGAACAUUGGAUUCUCCUGCCCAUCUGGAAAUUGAAGGGGAAGAUUUUCCUUUUGUGUUUCAUUCAGUGCCUGAAUUUGGAGCUGCUAUAAACAAAGGAAAGUUGUGUGGCAAAGUGGAUCCAGUGUUAAUUGUAGGCUCUGGGCUUACUGCGGCUGAUGCGGUACUGUGUGCUUACAACAAUAAUAUCCCUGUGAUUCAUGUAUUUCGCAGACGAGUAACUGAUCCAAGCUUAAUUUUCAAACAGCUUCCCAAAAAGCUUUAUCCAGAAUACCAUAAAGUCUAUCAUAUGAUGUGUACUCAGUUAUAUUCUGUAGACUCAAAUCUUUUAUCUGAUUAUACCAGUUUUCCUGAGCACCAUGUGCUUUCCUUUAAGUCGGAUAUGAAAUGUAUUCUUCAAAGCAUCUCUGGAUUGAAGAAAAUAUUUAAGCUCUCUGCAGCAGUAGUAUUGAUAGGUUCUCAUCCCAAUCUGUCUUUUCUGAAGGAGCAAGGGUGUUACCUGGGUCAUAACUCAAGUCAGCCAAUCACAUGUAAGGGUAAUCCUGUGGAAAUAGAUGCAUAUACCUAUGAGUGUGUUAAAGAAGCCAAUCUUUUUGCAUUGGGUCCUUUGGUUGGAGAUAAUUUUGUUCGAUUUUUAAAGGGAGGGGCAUUGGGUGUUACACGCUGUUUAGCUACAAGACAGAAGAAAAAGCAUUUAUUUGUUGAAAGAGGAGGAGGAGAUGGGAUAGCUUAAAGCACAUUUACAAGUAAUUUAUAUGGACAGUUUACCAUUAAAGAUUUUUAAUAGUGGUUUUGCAGUGUACUGGCUUAAAUUUUCUGCACUGGAAUUAACUGGAGGACAGCCUCAAGCUUUAGUAACUGUUUUUUAAAGUUACAAGAACUUGGUGUCCUGAUAUAUAUUGUAAUGUCACGGAAGUGUCAGUAUCAGACAAAUAGAAACUGUGUAUUUGGUAUACUUUAAGCUUUCACUUAACUGAAACAUUCUUUUCUUUCAAGACUUACUUUUUGUGAUCAUUUUUGGUUAUGUUUGAUUCUAAAAUAUUACAGCCUUGAAUCUAUAAAAUCACACAGUCAUCAGACCAGAAAUUUUUCUCAGUAUUUAUUGGGUCGCCUUGCUGGUCAAAGGGUGAUGCGGAGACCAGCAUCAGCUUCAUCUGUAGCCUGUUAGAAAUGGAAACUCUCAGGCCCCAGAACAGACCGACUGAGUCAGAAACUGCAUCUUAGUGAGAUUCUCAAGGAAUAUGUACGCUCAUUAAAGUUUGAGACACACUGGUCUAAAGACAAUGGGAUAUAAGGUUGUGUAUUCUGGGGGUGGGAUGGGGAUAGGAGGCAUUUAUAACUCAGGUUUUAUUUAUUUUGAAAUUACCAAUUAUAUGUCUAAUUUAUUACCAAAUAUGGUCUUUUAAAAAAGUAUUUUUAUUGAAACCUUGACAGGUACUUCAUAUUCUUAGGUUCUAAUAAUUUAAACAGUCUAAUAAUGUUGGCAUAUACUUAAGACAUCCAGGAACCUGCCAAGAUAUUUUUUUGAAGAUUUAUUCUCUAAUUAACUAGCAUAACAAUCUAAUUUGCAUUUCAGUAAAUUGUGAAAGGAACUGCUUAUCCCUGUGUGACCAUUGAGUUCAUUUCUGUCACUGAAACUAAGAUAUUUGGGCAUAAGUACUUCUAAUAUUGUAAUACUAUUUGGGUGUUGCUAGAAUUAUUAAAGGUUAAAAUUGAAAAUAAGGUUAAAACCUGUCUUUUCCAUUCCCAAGAUGAGUACUUUGAAAUUUAUUCAUUGGAGAUGACAUAGCAGCUCACCCUGUGGUUUUUUAUUGAAUUAUAUGCUCUAUCUUAAUUUCUGCUUGUGUGCUUAAUGUCUGUAUUUUUACACAAAACCCCUAAAUUUUUAGUGUAAGACAAAAAAAUGUUUCUUCUGAAGUUCUCCAUGGCAAAUUGAAUUUCUCAGUCUUUUUUUUUUUUUGGUAAAAUUUACUUCAUAUGUGUUUAUUGCAUGUCUAAUUAUCCCAUUUUUUCUUAGUAUUAAAAAAUGGACCAAAAUAUCAGUAUUUUUCUGUCCAUGUCAUUGUGACAUUAUCUGCCUCCUGGAUCAUAAUUCACCUUAAAAUUGUUCAGAAUAUACUUCCUUCUACAACUAGCUGUUUCAGAUGAAUUAAUGAAUUCUUAUACUCUUGAUACCUGACAUGUUGGAUUAAGUUUAAUUUGAUUUUAGAAAUAUAAUCCAGCUUUAGUUUAAUGGUAACUUUUUUCCAAAGUAAUUUCAGCCUACUGAAAUGGUAUAACAUCCUCUGAGCACUUGAUCGAGCACUCGCUUGCUUGCCUGUUCUUGGGAGCUCUGAAUGAGUUGGACUGGAUGUUUUUCUUAUUGUCACUUCUAAAUUGAAAAUGAGAUUGUUAUAAAGAUGCUUUCCAGGGAAGGACAAGAA